CUUGCACUGCAGUUAGAAUUGAUACAUGGCGGAAGAGCUGAACAGAGAAGAAACAAGGAAGCAUCAGAGAGAAUUCAGUUAGAGAGUUAUGGAUGGAUAUUUUACAUGAGAGUAAAUAAGUAUCUAAUCUCUGAAAGAUCUGAAAAUCUCUUGGAACCACAUCGUCCAACAACAUAAGUUACCAGUACUUCCGUGGAUUAUGCCUCAGCCACAUGGUUAUUUAAUUGUAUAAUGUGGUUUAAUGUUUAAACCAUGGACAGAGCAGAAGGGAUCAAUUUAAGACCAGGAUCAGUUUCUUCAGUAUCCAGCGACUGUUCUAUGAAAAGCGACUGUUCUAUAGGUCAUCCUCUGAACUUCAAAGAUGGCAAAAUGCAACCUAGCCGCAGUAAAAUGGCAGAAGGCAGAAUUUCAGUGGAUCAGAAUCUGUUCCUGUGUCCAGUGUGUCUGGAUCUCCUGAAGGAUCCAGUGGCCAUUCCCUGUGGACACAGUUACUGUAAGAUCUGUAUUACAGGCUGCUGGGAUCAGGAGGAUCAGAUGAGAGACUACAGCUGCCCUCAGUGCAGACAGACCUUCAGUCCAAGACCUGCUUUAGCUAAAAACACCAUUCUGGCUGAAGUGGUGGAGAAACUGAAGACUAACCUUCCUGCUGACUGUUACGCUGGAGCUGGAGAUGUGCAGUGUGACGUCUGUACUGGAAGAAAACACAAAGCCGUCAAGUCCUGUCUGGUGUGUCUGAACUCUUACUGUCAGAAUCACCUUGAACAACAUGAGAGUUUGUUUAAAGAAAAGAGACACAAUCUGACUGAAGCCACUGGACGACUGCAGGAGAUGAUCUGCCAGAAACACGACAAGAUCCUUGAGGUUUUCUGCCGCACUGAUCAGAAGUGUAUAUGUGUGCUGUGUAUGAUGGAUGAACAUAAAAACCACAUUACUGUAUCAGCUGCAGCACAGAGGACAGAGAAACAGGUAUGAACGUGGUAUGAGGUCCCAGGUAUGAGGUCCCAUUAUGAUCAUUUACAGGCUCAAAAAAAAAAUGCACACAAAAUUAUCAUUUACUCAUGUUAUUCAAACUGGUAUGUAUUUUCUUUCUUUCUUUUACUGAGGAACACUAGAUAAGGUAUUAUAGGGGAAUGUCUCAUCUGUCUAUAUGUUGAAAGUCAAUAGGAUCCAAAAGUUUCAAUCCUAAAAAAGAGGAUUGAACUCCAAAGGGUAAUCAAAAGGGUGUUUCUCGAACAGAAGGCUGCAUCCUUCCUAGUCCAGUCCUU